CUCUUUUCAUUAUCGUGACCAUGCCUUCUGGUGCCUCACACGGAAACCCCCUGGUCUAGUCCAGGUCCCUAUGCUGUCGCGCUUAUUGCUUCGUGCAGCUUCUUAGGGCUGCCUUGUCUCUGGCCAGACAUGCUGGUGACAACUCAUCUCCACAGGAGGCUUGUCCCGGUCCUCGCUUCCGUCCUCAUCGUGUUCAGUCUGACCUUUCUAUACCGCGCCUACCACCUCUACCCGUCCGACAAGCUCUCCCAGUGGCCCCACGCAGCGGCCUCUGGCUUGUCCCCGACGACCGAGCCCCUUGACGAGCCGUCGGACUACCGCGCCCCGGCACACCGAUCCGAAGACACUUGCGCUACUCGUUUCUCGACGGCGUACCUAGAAGGACUUCGCAACCGGACAGGCUCGUACUGCACGCCAGGGUCUCGCUCCUCGUUGACCUGCUUCCACACCAAGGCGCGAGACGAUGAACCCGACGAUUCCUUCUGCAUCGGCCGCGGCGCCGUCCUCGACCCCGCAACGCGAAAAUUCCACCUCGACUGCGCGCUGCGGAAGCUCGAGCCGGAAGAGGUCGAGCAAGGCAUCUUGCCUUUCAACCGACUUCGUGGAUACAUGUAUGAUACCGGGCCCCGCAACGUCUUUCGGGACGCCGUGAUCGUCCGACAGGAGACCGGUCUCGCCAGACGCAGCGGCGAAACCGCCGUCUCGGAAGCGCUCGACGCGGAGCACAUGCACCUUCCAGCAUCGUCCGACUCGUCCGACGGCGCUCCUUCUUCCGUCCUACCACCCCCCAAGACAUACCUUCUUUUGAAGCGCGAGGGUGAAACGAACCCCUGGCACUGCCUCAUGGAGAUCUUCUCCACCUACAUGACCUUCGACGUGCUGCGCAUGUCGCGCGACCCGUCCCGAGGCGGCGCGCCUUUCUUCGCCACGGACGAAGCGGACGACACGCAGGUCGUCAUCCUCGACAGCCGCGAAGACGGGCCCUUUUUCGACCUCUGGACGCUCUUCGCCCGGCGGCGCCCCGUCCGUCUCGCGCACCUCCUCUCCCGUGCCGGCAACAACAACGCCGACGACGACGACGCCGCCGCCGUCGACGCCGUGAGGAGAGACGCCAACAUCAUCGUGCCCCUCGCGGGAGGCAGCAACCCUCUCUGGCGGGAAGAGUGGCACGUCCAACCCUGCCACGCGGCGCCGCUCGUCGACGUCUUCUCGUCCCGCAUCCGCGGCUUCUACGGCGUCGAGGACCCCCCCGUGCGCGGCGGCGAGGAGCCCAUCGUGGUGACGCUCAUCGACCGGCGGGAGACCCGGCGGCUGAAGGACCAGGCGGCGCUGCUGGCCGCGCUCGGGAAGAGGGGGUUGCACAUCAGGGUGCAGGCUGUGGACUUUGCGGCGCUGUCGUUCCCGGACCAGUUGCGCGUCGCGCGCGAGACGGAUGUGUUGGUCGGGGUGCAUGGCGCGGGGUUGACGCAUGUCCUGUUCAUGCGGAGGGGCGCCGGUGCUGUGGUCGAAAUACAGCCGGACGGCCUGGAUCAGAAGGGGUACCGGAACGUCGCGAACUUGCUCGAUUUGGGGUACUUCCGUAUCCAUGGUGCCGGUGUUUCCAUGCCUGUGGACGAGGCUGAUAAGGAUACCGAGGAGGAGCCAGGGAAGGAGAGGGAAAUGGACAGCUUGAAGGGUGUGGAGACGGAGACUCAGGGACGCGAUAAUAGCACGAAUACGUCUACGGCCACGGGAGUGUUGAAGAAGAGGGGGGAUUGGCAUUUCAUGGAUGUCCAGGUGGACGAGGCGCGGUUCUUGGAUGUUGUUGAAACAGCGGUCAAGUUUAUGUAUAACAAAGCGUUAUGGAGCUAUGAUGUUAAUGGAUGAAAUGAUGGAACAUUCGAGUUUUUUACUCGGAGUUUUUACUCUUACUCUUUAGAAUACGCUGCCGCACCCAUCUAGAGACCAGAGACCCAAGGACCGUGGGGCC